AUGGUGCAAAGCAGAGGUGUGAGACAUGGGAGUAAAGUGUUUGGUGUUCCGGGGAUGUCUACACCUAUAGUUGGUGCUCGUAGAGUUGCCAGGACAACUAGACAUCCACGAUGGACACCAACCUUGACUUGUAUCUUGCUGACAGAAGGUGGUGAGCCACAGAAGAACAAAGAAAUCUUACGAGAAGGGAGAUCUAGUACCGAUAUCAUGUGGUCCUCACUUCCUACAGAUUUGGUGGAUUCCAUUGAAGAGAGUCUUGUCCUUUACAUUGACAAAGUUAGACUCCGUUGUGUUUGCUCUUCGUGGCGUUCUCACCUUCCAAAACUAUCAAACCACUCAGUCGUCGGUCCGUGGUUGUUGCUACCUGAUAAUCUUGGAAGCAAGACAUGUGGAUUCUGGAACCCGCUUGAGAAGAAUGUAUACAAACUAGAUUUGCCUGAGGCUGGAGAUCAGAUAGCUUUUAAGGGAUCAGACCAUGGCUGGGUUGUGAUUCAUGACAAGAAGGAUGCAAUAUAUGCACUAAAUCCACUUACAAGAGCCAGAGUUUGGCUUCCUCCAAGGUCCAAGUUUCCUGAUAUAAGAGAGUAUAAUGCUCAUAAUCAAGACAAUGAGUAUCAACUUUGGGAGGGGAUUCCCGAUGGCGAUGGAUGUUAUAAUUUCAAGGAAUAUUAUUCCUUGGGUGCAACUCAUGUCAGGAACAGUCUCCUACAAAAAGUUGUCUUUUCUUCGAGUCCUACUUGCAGUGAUUUUGUGGCAGUGGCUAUCUUUGGUGAAUAUGCAAAACUAGCCUACUGUAAACGUGGAGACAACAAAUGGUCAUUACUUGAUGAAGACAUCCCUCUUAUGGAAGAUCUCUUAUUUCAUGGAGGCAAAUUGUACGGAGUUCAACAUCUUGGACGGCUGGUAGUUUUUGACAAUAUUAUGAAUGCAGGUUCUAAUUCAUGUCCAAAGCCAAAGUUCAAAGACAUUGUACCUACGAGAUUGUUGCUCGACAAUUUAUAUUUGUGUUGGUCUUCUAGUACUGGGCUAAUGUUGGUCCGAAGGGACAUGAAAUAUGACGACGUCGAUGAGUACGAUGAACAUGGGGACCAGAUAAUCACACUUGAGACUGUUGGUUUUGAGAUUUUCAAACUCGACACAAUUGCUCAAACAUGGUGUGAGGUUAAAAGCUUAGGAGAUGAUGUGCUGUUCUUGGGAUUGAAUUCCACUAUAUCCUUUUCGUCUCUCGAUUUUCCGAGCUAUAAGAGAAAUUGUAUAUAUUUUACUGACACCCAACUAAACUUUCAAAUCAAGGGAACUGGAAGGGAUUUGGAUGUAGGUGCAUUUAGCUUGGAUGAAGAAAAGUUUGAGCACUUUCGAGCUUAUGUAGGUGACUCAAAAUCUGUUUGGCCAUCUCCAAUUUGGGUUGUGCCCAGUCCUUUUAAUUGA